AUGGACUACGCUACUUUCUUACCGCAGCCGCUGCACAGGCUGAUGGCGAACGCCACCCCGCUGAUGUGCACCGUGAGCUUGCUGGUUGCCUACCCGAUCGUGACGACCUCUCUUCGCUACCGGCGGCUACGCAAGCUGCACAAGCGGUACCCUUACCGGACGCGCGAGUCCCUGGCCCAAAUGACCGAUGAAGAGGCCUUUCAGAUCCAAAAGACCGUGGCGCAACUGGAGUUCCCGUUUAUGUUCAUCAAGUCGCUCCAAUUUGCCUUGUUCAGAACCUACGGUAUCCCAACUAUCUCCCACCUCCUCACCAAAACCAGCCAAUUUUCUCACCCCGAGACCUCACUGAAGCGCUACACCGACACGAGCGCCCUUGUGCAAGAGAUGGUCGGCAACGCGCCGACCUCGCAGCGCGCCUACAUCUCUCUAGCACGCACGCGAUUCCUGCACAGUGGAUACCGCGCCUCGGGCAAGAUCCUCGAGUCUGACAUGCUAUACACGCUGGCCCUGUUCGCACUGCAGCCUAUCCGGUUCAUAGCCCUCUUUGAGUGGCGCGAGCUGAGCGACCUCGAGCGCUGUGCUAUUGGCACGUUUUGGAAAUCCAUCGGCGAUGGCUUGGGUAUUAGCUAUGAUGUCUUGCCGUCGGGGAAGGCGGGGUUCCGGGAUGGGAUCCAUUGGCUUGAGGAGCUGGGCGUGUGGAGUGACGCUUAUGAAGCGAAAGCUAUGGUUCCUGAUCCUAAGAAUCGGGAGACGGCUGAUCAGACUACCGCUGUGCUGCUUUAUAUGCUGCCCAAGGUAUUGCAUCCUGUUGGACUGCAGUUUGUCUCGUUUAUGAUGGAUGAUCGGCUGCGCAAGGCUAUGCUGUAA